UCGAGUUAAAGUUUCCUGGCGGGAAACUGGGAGGAGAACUGAGGCCCGUAAAAACCUAGCUCCCUUCCCCUUUCUCCUCAAAACCCUACCUCCACUUCUCCUUCCUCGCGCCUCCAAAACCCUAGCUGAAAACCAGAGGGGAGAGGGAGGAGAAACCCUAGAAUUCCAACCUUCUCCUCGUCAAAGCCUCGCUCCGUCGGGCGAUGGCGCUCUACCUCCUCUUUGAAUCCGCCUCCGGCUACACCCUCUUCCACGCGUACGGCCUCGACGAGAUCGGCCAGAACACCGAGGCCAUCCGGAACUCGGUCCUCGACCUCACGCGCUUUGGCAAGGUGGUCAAGCUCGUCGCCUUCCACCCUUUCUCCUCCGCCCUCGAUGCCCUGAACCAAUGCAGCGCCAUCUCCGAAGGGCUCAUGACCGAUGCGUUGAGGAACUUCUUGGAAAUCAACCUUCUGAAACCAAAAGAGGGGAAGAAGGCUAAGUUCAGCCUCGGCGUUGCAGAGCCCAAGUUUGGGUCUCAGGAAGUGACCAAGAUUCCUUGCCAGAGCAAUGAGUUUGUUCUCGAGCUCCUUCAUGGUGUCAGGUUGCACUUUGAUAGGUUCAUUAAAGACUUAAAGCCAUCAGACUUGGAGAAGGCUCAGCUGGGUUUGAGUACAAUCAUUGUUCAGGAUCUCGGUCAUUUGUUACAACAAUGAUUAUACCGCUGGAGUUUAAUAGUUCUGAAAAUCUUGAAUUUUCAGAAUUCUAUAAGAAAACUCAUACCAAGAAGAAUAAAGAGUGAAUUGAUCCUAUUUGCGCCGUGAAACAUUCAAAGAUGUUGAGCUUGCGAGAAGAAUCUUCCCAAUCCGGUGUGCAAUUAACAUCAGAGGAGAUGUAUAGGCAGGCACUUGGAUGAAUAGCAAGAUCAGAUAUUUUUGGAAUUUUUAAUUUAUAUUUUAAUGUGUUUGGUGAUGAUUAUCACCUUAACAUAUGGUAUGGAUGAAACAUUGUGAUGUAUGGUUAAUAGGUAUGCUUGACUUUAGACUUAUAGAUGAUGAUAUUUAUAAUGAAUGAUUAUGGAUUCUCCAACAUUAUGUAUACUUCUAUUUGGAUGAGAAAAUGUAUUGUGCAA